GGCGCCGAGCCGCGGGAGCCGCCGGAAGAGGCCGCCGCCGGGCCUGGGCUACCGGGCGGCUUCGUGGAGCUGCUAGAGCUGGCCAGGGGAGCGCACGACUCCCAGGUGGCCCUGCUGAGCCGUGAGGUGCAGCGCCUCCGCUUCGAGCUGGCCGCAGCGAGGGCCGGCGUGUGGCUGCCCCAGGGCCGCGGCAAGCCGCCUCUGGAGGCCAGUGGCGGUGCCGGGCCCGAGGGGGCGCCCACGGCCGCCGCUGGCGCGGAGGGCGCGGCGCAGGCGGUAUGUGUCGGCCCCGAGGGUGACGAGGCCAGGAAGGAUUACCAGGCCUGGCGGCGAGCAGAAGCCAAGGCGGACGACGCCCAGGCCCUCGCCGGCGCCGCUCCCGGGGGGAGCGAGGAGACCGGCCGCAGAACAUCAAAGAAGAGCCAGUUCAGCGACAGUUUCUCGCCACCGGCGAAUCGGCCGCGAUGGGACGAGGAGCUCCCGAGUGCCAUCGAGCGGCUGGUGCGCCACAAGUGGUUCGAGGCGCUGGUAAUCGCGAUGAUCUGCCUGAAUGUCCUGAUGAUGGCUGUGGAGGUGGAGCACACCGGGCUCGAUCUGCGGGAGCAAGCCAGGCAGCGUACGAGUGGCGCCCCAGGGGUCGAGGUCUGGCCUCAUGCCCAGGAGGUGUUCAAGGGGCUGCAGUGGGUGUUCGGGCUGUUCUUCACUGCUGAGAUUAUCGAAGACGAUUUGGGCCCUGCGUUCUGGCUUCCUCCUCGAGCUGUGGAACUGGAUAGAUUUGACCCUUGUUAUCCUCUGGGCGUGCAGCCUGGCUCUGUCAUUCACCAACCCUCACUUUGUGAGACUGGCUCGCCUGGCUCGUCUGGCACGCCCUGUGAGGCUGAUCAGGUUUAUGCACCUUCGAAAGAUUGA